AGGCCCAAAAACACCAGCAGUGAGCUGUUCCAAUCUUUUUCAUAAAUUCAUCAAAUAUAUUGAUGAUAAACAAACUGGAAAGUUGAGUCUUGGCAACAGUAGAAACUUGCAACCCUAAAAUGGAACCUGAGGCAGAUGAAGCCACAAACUAUACUCAAAUUCCAUCAACUUCAAGCAAAGAUUCAAUCUUGGCAAACCCUAACUUACCACAAGAACUCAUCACAGCAAUACUUGUAAGACUACCAGUUAAAUACCUGUUACAGUUCAAGUGUGUUUCUAAAGACUGGUUUGCUUUAAUCUCUAGUCCUGAAUUUGUCAAGACCCAUCUUAGCUUUUCUCAUAAGGAUUCCAUCCACCAUAGAUUAAUGUUGAAAUUAUUCACUCCUAACCACUUUCUUAGACAUUGUUCUGUUAGCUCUUUAUUUUAUGAGUCUGUUUCUCAGGCAUUUGACUUGGAUUAUCCCAUGAAAGGACCCGAUAAAUCUGCACGUGUUUUUAUUGUGGGUUCUGUCAAUGGGUUGAUUUGUUGUCAUAUUGCGUUUGAUGGCUUCAUUCUGUGGAAUCCAUCAACUAGAAAGUUCAAGCAAGUGCCUGACCUUGUGCCUACACAGAUGAAUAAUUACCGUUGCAGUUAUGGUUUUGGAUAUGAUGAGGUUCAUGAUGAUUAUAAGGUAGUGGCUGUUUUUUGUGAAAUCAGCAAACACAAUGAUGAUGCCAAAAUAUAUAGUUUAAGGAGUGAUUCUUGGAGAACACUUGAUGAUUUUCAAGGCGGGAUGGUCUACCAUAGUUCGCCCAAAUUGGUGAACGGGAAGCUUCACUGGGUUACUACUGUUGGUGAUGGUCGGGGCAUCAUGUCCAUUGAUUUGGUUGUUGAGAAAUGUAGGAAGGUGGAGCAGCCCUGCUUUGGAGAAGGAAAUUCAUUAGUGACACUUGGAGUGUUGGGAAGUGAUUUAUCUGUGAUCUGUAAUUAUCAGAGAAAUAAUCAGAUAAUUCAAGCUGAUGUGUGGAUUAUGAAAGAGUAUGGGGUUAAAGAGUCUUGGACAAAACUUUACACCAUUAAAAAUCCUAUCUAUAUGCUUUGUCCACCCCUUUGCAUGUCAAAUGAAGGUAUAUUGGCUGUGCUUAAAUCAACUUUAAUGAUAUACAAUUCAAAGGAUGACUUAAUGAGAUAUCCAAAGGUUACUAAUGUUGAUGGCGGUCUUGCGGCAGAACUGUACAUUGAAAGCCUAGUUUGUCCAGUUUGAAAAACGAACCAAUGUCACAACAUUGAAGGCUGCAAAAACUCAGGUUGUUGUGUUGAAUCAUGCACAUAUGCGCGGAAGCAAACUAACUAACUGAAGCUUUGGCGAACAACUCUACUAUAACUACUUAUAUUAGCUGCGGUGUAUCUACUAUGAUAAGGAUAUGGAAUGGUGGUCAAUAAAGUGUAUUAAGGACCAUGAUAUAUCAAGCCUUGGGAGACAGACAGAGUUACUCAGCACCUAUCUGGGGAUUAUAAGGCGAGAAAUUGAAGCCUCAGCAAGAUCCCUCGCCUCUGUACAUUCAGAGGCAUAUUCAAGAUUUUAAAUUUAUGGGUUCUGCAUUGUAGAACAAGACGGUUCACAAUUAGAUUAUUCAUAUACAUAGUAAUUAAUGAGUUUCUUGAUAUAAAUAUAAAAUUUUAUAUAAAAGUUACCGACUUUUGCUGAA